AUGUAUAAUUAUAACAACAACGCGGCAGAAUCGUAUAAUUCUAUUUUAACAAAAUUUGUUGGUGGUAAGCGAAUUAACUUUUCAAAAAAAGGAUCUUAUGAGUUAAGGUGUAAUGUUGCUGUUACGGUUUACAAUUCUGAAAAACGAACUAAACGGCAACAUCAAUGUGAAGAAUGGCACUUAGAAAGAAAAAACGGUUCUUUAACUGCAUCACUAUUUGGUCGAAUUUGUAAAUUGCGGAAAACUACAUCACGAGAUAAAGUAGUUAGUUAUAUGUUAUUUGGAACAUUCAAAGGGAAUGCAUCAACUCGUCAUGGUAUAGAAAAUGAGAACAUAGCAAAAGAACAGUUGGAAAAAGUGAUCAAAAAAGAAAUUCUUCCGGCAGGGUUAAUAAUAGAUACGAACCAACCCUUUUUAGCUGUAUCGCCGGAUGGAUUAGUUGAGUUAGAUGCAUUAGUGGAAAUAAAAUGUCCAGCAAGCGCUAAAAAUUUUACCCCAGAAGAUGCAAUACAAAAUAAAAAAAUUAAAAGUUGUGUCAUCAAAAAUGGAAAUCUUUUUCUAAACAGAAAUGAUAAUUAUUAUUAUCAAGUACAGGGCCAACUCCAUGUAACUAACAGGAUGUACUGUUAUUUUUGCAUAUGGACACCAAAAGGUAUUUUAAUCGAAAAAAUUCAGAGAGACGAUCAUUUUUGGAAAACCAACAUGGAAGUCCUAUUAAAAACAUUUUUUAUGGAUUAUCUUUUAAAAGAGUUA